UUUAUCGCAUAAUAAGCUGAAUUGUAUCAGUAUUGUACAUUACUGAGUGCAACAGUACGACUGCUACUGUUAGUGACUGUUCGCGACUCACAAUGGUAUCGCCUUUCGUAAGACAGGCAUGGACCCUGUCAGCGGUGUGGACGAACAUGAUAGGCCAGGGUAUGAUGCUCAGCUUCACCACCAGCCUGCUGCCAGGCCUGCAGGAACCUGACUCUCCUAUCAAAGCUGAUCUGAACACCGCUUCUUGGCUAGCAUCAUCAUGUGGCCUCUCAGGAAUCCCAGGGUUCCUCAUCUCUUCCUUCCUCAUGGACCUCUACGGCAGAAGGUUAGCUCACGGCAUCGUCAUCCUACCAGGAAUAAUCGGCUGGCUCUGCAUAUACCUCGCCCGAGGCAUCCCCGCUCUCAUGAUUGGCAGAAUCCUAGGAGGCAUGACAGCUGGAGCCACCGUCUCCUUAGGAGCUAUCGUCAUAGGAGAAUAUUCAGACCCAAGAUACAGAGGAGUAUUCCUUAAUCUUAAAACAGCUUCGGUAUGUUUAGGUGGAAUGUCAGUCCACAUUGCAGGGCAUUUUCUGCAUUGGAGAACAGUAGCCCUAAUCGCUCUGAUACCUCACUUCUUGGCUCUGUUCGUCGUCUAUACAUGGCCUGAAAGCCCAGCAUGGCUAGCCUCAAGAGGAGAAUACGAAAGAAGUGAGAACUCCUUCUACUGGUUAAGAGGAAAAUCAGAAGCAUCCUUCAACGAAUUGGAGGAAUUAAUCAGAGCUCAGAUGGGUCAGCAAUCAAAAAUUGACGAAAAAAGUACGUGUGGCGAAAGUGUAUGGGAUUUUUUCAAAAGGUUCACGCAAAAAGAUUUCUUGAAACCAGUUUUUAUAAUCCUGAUCAGUACUAUAUUGUUAGAAUCUAGUGGUAGACACAUCUUCCCUGCGUACGCGUUGCAGAUCAUCGGCGCAGUGACUGGAAACAAGUCGCAAUCCUUCUACUAUACUUUAGCCAUAGAUCUAAUCAUCACAUCCAGUGCCGUUUGUUCCUCGAUGCUUGUCAAAGUCAUGAAGCGAAGGACCCUGCUGUUCUCAACAGGAUUCGCUGCUUGCGCAGUAAUAAUGAUUGCCUGCACCUACCUCUUUUUAGCUGCUGAAGAAGUGAUACCAAAUGACAAACCUUGGAUACCUAUUGGCAUUUUUGUGCUGUACUUCAUCCUUGCCAAUUUAGGCUGUACUCCGAUACCUUUGGCUUUGUUAGGAGAAGUUUUCCCUCUCCGUCAUCGAGGAGUAGGAUCCGCAGUAGCAGGGACUUUCAUAUCUCUUGGGGUCAUGCUUGGUCUCCAAGUAACUCCAUACCUCAUGCUCAAUCUUAAGGUCCAUGGGACUUUUGCAGUGUUUGGUACUGCAAUGGGACUUGCACUCUUGGCUCUGUACUUCAUGCUACCUGAGACGAAAGACAGGACUCUUCAAGAAAUCGAAGAUUAUUUCAACUAUGGUAAGUUCAGAGAGGACAAAAUGGAAAGAGAUGAAGAAGAAAAAGUCAUGAUGGUAAAAUGAACUCUAUUGGCAGUGUGAUGAGGUAUGCUUUUGAUCAGCUAGUCGUGUGAACUCAAAUAGUAAUUAUUACUCUUAUUUGGUGCUUUAAAGCUUGAGUGGGAAGACUGGACUAAGUCCUAAAUAAGUAGAACUAAAAGAUGAUGAACUAACGUAAAACGUAAUUUAUAGAAAGCGUAGAAUAAGAUGUUUUUUAAGAAAUUACUAGUUUUAAGUGUAAUAUACUAAGUCGAUGACGACACGUAUAAAAAGAACUAACAGAUUUUGGGUUAGAUACGUAGAAAAGACUCGCAGAAAAGUAUGUGAUUGACUUUAUUUAAUAGAAAAAGAAAAUAUCUUGAUUAUAAGGUUCUUUUUAAUUGUUUUUUAUACAAAAAAAAUAAAGUACUGAAAACAA